UUUAUUAUUAUUAUUAUUUACGAAAAUUAUCUAGAAGGCAUUUUAAUUUAUUUAUAUAACAAAUAUUUCUAUAAAAUUCGCAUUCCACAAGCAAGUUCAUGUGAGGUUAAGUUACUAACGAAAAACAAGAACUACUAAACGCAAAGAAACUUUGGAGAUGGAUGAUGAGGCCGAAACUUAUAAACUGUGGAGAAUCCGUAAAACAGUAAUGCAACUUUGUCAUGACCGAGGUUAUCUUGUAACGCAAGACGAAUUGGACCAGACUUUAGAACAAUUCAAAAUGCAAUUUGGUGACAAGCCCAGCGAGAAACGACCUUCCAGAAGCGACUUAAUAGUUUUAGUAGCCCAUAAUGAUGAUCCGACCGACCAAAUGUUUGUAUUUUUCCCUGAUGAACCCAAAAUAGGAAUAAAGACAAUUAAGACUUAUUGUCAAAGAAUGCAAGAUGAAAACAUACAUCGAGCAAUAAUUGUUGUCCAGCAGGGAAUGACUCCUUCAGCAAAACAGUCUUUAGUUGACAUGGCUCCAAAAUAUAUUCUAGAGCAAUUUUUAGAAUCAGAGCUACUUAUUAAUAUUACUGAGCAUGAACUGGUUCCUGAACAUGUUGUUAUGACACCAGAAGAAAAACAAGAAUUGCUUGCUAGAUACAAAUUAAAAGAGAACAUGUUGAUGAGAAUACAAGCAGGGGAUCCUGUUGCCAGAUAUUUUGGAUUGAAGAGAGGACAAGUUGUAAAAAUUAUAAGAUCGUCUGAGACAGCAGGAAGGUACAUUUCUUACAGACUAGUUUGCUAGUGGUAACUAAAACUUGUUACAAUUGAAAAAUAUAAUCUUAUAAAAGUAGAUUCUAGAUUCUAAAAAUAAAUAAAGUUUGAAAUAGA